AGGGGCCGAUGAACCACCGAGACGCUUCUCGCCUUCCGGCCAAGCCGCCGAUGACGCGGCGUGGCUCCAACACGUAUGGCACCACGACGGCGACGGCAUCAAAUUUGCCGAGCGCGGCGACAACGUACUCUCGCGAUGCGCUAGAUAGGGAUUUGGUGGAGGGCUUUCGAGGCCAGCAGAAGGCGGCGAGAGAUCGACAAGUGGAGCACCUGACGCUGGCCAAAGGUCUCGGCGAGCUCGCCGUCGCCUCGCUGAAAGAGGGCACUUACCACCCACGCAAGGCUCUUCCACCGUUAAAGCCGGAGGAGAAGAAAAUGUUUGAGAGGAUGGACCUUAAAGACUGGCGCACCGCACGGCAAGCAGGUUUUGGCGGGAAGGAGAAGGAAGACAAGGACCGCACGUCAGCCCUCAACGCGGCUACUAUCUCCGCCGAGGUGGACACACACGAAGGCGCUGCCGAGGUAGAGGCGGAGGACGAGGAAGAUGAUGCCGCACGCGCUGCGGUGAUGACGUCCUCCCUCGCUUCCUCCGCGUCGUCGGAGGAGCUGCGGGAGAACUGCCCCGGAGACCUGGGGACCUUCCUAAAGCACCUCCGCUCCACUCACCGGGCCACCAACUCCUUCAGCGACGGCCGAGUGGAGGUGGAAGAGAACAUCAACAUUGUCGAAGAGGCGCUCUCGCACCAGUGCAGCCCGCUGGACUUCGCCACGUUGCUCGAUGCCAUCUCGCGUGCGCUGGAGGUGAUGGAGCGGGGCCACCUGGACGAAGAUCUGUGCGUGCCGGACUGCCACGAAGUCGAAGAAGAAGAAGGGAAAAGAGCGGAGGAAGGCGCUCAGGAUCAUGUGAAAGACCACGUUUCCCCAUCGCCAGCAGCAGCCGCAAAAGCAGGCUCCACCACGGCUCCCUCACCCAGCACGGUUGCAUCGAAAGUAGAGAACAUUGUGUUGCACGGCGCGUUAGAGGUUGAGGCGUACACGCGGGAGUGUUUGCUCCCGAAAGCCUACAAAGCCAUUGCCAUCGCCCACUCUGCGGAGUGGAUGCUGCAGUACACGAUGGCCUUCAUGCGCACCGCCGAGGCCGUGGACGCGACGGAGGCGGAGAAGCGGCUUGUGCUCCUCGGCCGCUGCGUGCGUCUCCUCGGCGACACAGAGAACUUUUCCUCUGUUCUUCUGUCACUGGAGGCGAAGAGUGAGGAGUACGCGGGCUUUGUUGCCCUGAAGGAGAUCGCCGAGACACACUUGUGGUCGAUGCUGGACGAGGCGGAGAGCUCGCUGGACGCCAUCCUGGGUCUGCCCUUCCCUGCGCGCCGCAGCCGCCUACUGCUGAUCGAGUGGGGGAUGCAGAAGAAGUUGCAGCGUGCGCUGCUGCUGCUCAAUGAAAUCGACUACAGUUGGACCCCCACCGCGUACUUCCACUGGGCGUGGAAGGUGCAGUUUAUCAGCUCCACCUUCCAACGCAUUCACGGCGGUAUUGCCCACAAGUACAUGCGGUGCAGCAUGGGCUUCAUUGAUGAUAGCCUCUACGACCAGGUGACCGACACUCGCAUCACGGGGCGGUACAUGGGGGCGUCGCCCAUCCAGCCGAAGGUGGCGCGUGCCCGGCAGGUGGAGUACGAGAAGGUCACAGAAGGACUGACGCUGCAGCAAAUCGGCAUGACGGUGAAGGGCGUAGCGAGUCUUGUCGUGGGCGAGCAGGUAUGCAUGGGGGCGCGGUACAUGGUGCGACAGUCCACGAAAGAUUUCGACGCCGCCUGGGGCUUCCACAUGGAUGAAGUGAGCAACGCACCGACGGAGGAAGACCUGCAGAAGAAGGUGGCGAAGCUGGCGGCGAAGGCGAAGCUCCAAUACACUGGUCGAGCAGCGCGUGAGAGGACGCAGCCGUCCACCACGUUCCUGACGCAGGAACAGUGA